AUAUAUUGUUAGUAUAUAACGUAUAUAGCUAUCGAUGGUUGCGUCGAAAAUUUUAGCGAGCGAGAGAGAGAGAGAGAGAGAGCAGAGAGGGUCAAACGAUGCGCAGAGAGGGAGACGAGGUCGAUGGUCGAUCGAGGGUCAAACGAGGGCGAUCGAUGGUCGAUCGAGGUGCAGAGAGGGAGACGAGGAAGACGAACAGGUUAGGGUUUCUUCUCUCUGUCCUCAAUCUGUCUCUUUCUUCCCUCGACCUAUCUCCCUCUCUCUCUCUUCCCUCGAUCUGUCUCUGGCUCUCUCUCUUUCUCCUCUCCAACAGUUCUAGGGCUUCUUCGAUCCACCCACCUGCAUGUCUGAAUCAUGUCCUCGUGUGUCCAACCUCGUGUCCGACUCUGAAAAAUUCUGAAAAAAGGGGGACACGCAGGGGAGAGUGUCGGACACGUGUCAACAGCGUGUCGUACGCGUGUCCGUGUCCGUGUCCGUGUCCGUGUCCGUGUCCGUGUCCGACACGUGUCCGACACUAAUACGCAAGCCUCAGGGACGUGUCCGUGCUUCAUAGAUGAAGACCAAGUACAAACCAACCCUACGACGAAGCAGAUGAAGCUGAAACGCCCUAAACCCUAAGACCAAGCAACCAGAUCAACGAGACGAAAUCUUCAGUUUGCUGAAAUCCAUCACGCAUCUUGCAAUCCAAUCUAGUUUCUGCUUGGGGAAGCUAAAGUGAUAACGUUAGUGUAUUAUUAUUAUUAUGGAGAGUGAAGAGGAUGCAGUAAAGAAAUCACAGGUGGUAGAUGCCAGGGCAAGAAACAUCAGUCACAAUGUCCGGUGCACUGAAUGUGGCAGUCAGUCCAUUGAAGACUCACAAGCUGAUAUUGCCAUUCUCCUCAGGAAGUUAAUUCGUGAUGAAAUUCAAGCUGGGAAAUCUGAUAAAGAGAUCUAUAGAAAGCUUGAGGAUGAUUAUGGGGAGACAGUAUUGUAUGCACCAAAGUUUGAUUUGCAGACUGCAGCUUUGUGGCUAUCACCACUCCUAGUUGCAGGCGCCGCCGGAGGAAUAUGGGCAUACAAAAAGCAUAGGCAAAAUACUAAUGUCCACAUCAUGGCUUUGAACCUUGUUAGAGGUGUUUCAUUGACUCCAAAAGAGAAACAAACAAUGCUAGAUCUCCUGACACCUCCUCCCUCAGAAAGAACUAAUUCAUCCUCAUGGUGGAGGAAGUGGCUUCCUCAAUAAUAAUGUCAGUCUUCCUGUUGCUCUUUCCUUUCUUGGAGGUGAACUUUGUGGUGGGAAACUAAAGAGAAGUUUGCAUCCCAGUUUGCUAAAGGAAGCAUUAGCCCGAUGAAGAGUUUUGUGGCUUUCAUCUCAGCAGCCUCGAUUUGGACUUUCCGAUGUAGAACUCUAGUUUAUCACAUAAUUUUGUAUUACAGCCAAUGCUCAAGUUAAUGACUGUGUAUUGAGAAUGUUGUUAGGCAAUUUCUUGACUUUAUAUUUUGAUACAUUUGAUAGUAAUAGUCAUGUUUUGAAUAAUAGUCUCGAUUAUGAGUUGCAAAUAUCUGAUUCAACUUGUCUCUGAACUGAACAUGACUGGAUUUCAGUUUUUGAGUGAAAUUUUGAACCAGUAUUAUUAGGCAUAGCA